AUGACUACACCCGACGCGAAGCUUUAUCAGUACGACGGGACCUGCGCCUUCGAGCCGGAACAGGCUAAAGCCAAGCUUGUCGAAGGAGGGCUGCUUAUGGACAAAUACAUAGCACAGGUGAAGGCGGAUAUGGGGGCAGUAGUUAUAGACAAGGAUAGCGUCAAGAAACUGAGCCGUCCCGAGCUAGAAAGCCUUGCGAUUUCUCUUCAGAAGACCAAUGCUGCGCAGGCUCGGGAUCUCGAUUUCGCAUUCCGAGUCUUUUUCCAACUCCUGUAUGAGACUCGCCACACCACUACCGGCAAGAGUGACAUCUGA